AUGUCUAUGAAAUGGAUUUCAGUGCUUCUGGGGCUACAGCUGAGCUGUUACUUUAGUUCUGGGAGUUGCGGGAAGGUGCUGGUGUGGCCCACGGAAUACAGCCACUGGAUCAAUGUAAAGACAAUCCUGGAUGAACUUGUCCAGAGGGGUCAUGAAGUGACUGUUCUGACAUCGUCAGCUUCCAUUCUUGUUGAUCCGAACAAAUUAUCUGCUAUUAAAUUUGAGAUUUAUUCUGCACAUUUAUCUAGAGGUGAUUUUGAGGCUUUCUUCAUAAAACUGCUCAACAUUUUGAUAUAUGAUAUGCCAAAAGAUUCAUUUUGGACAUAUUUUUCAUUAAUGCAAGAAUUUUUUUGGGAAUUUUAUGAAUGUGCUCAGAAGCUCUGUAAAGAUGUAGUUUUGAACAAGAAACUCAUGACAAAACUACAAGAAUCAAAAUUUGAUCUCGUCCUUGCAGAUACUAUCAUACCCUGCGGUGAGCUGCUGGCUGAGCUCCUUAAAAUACCUUUAGUGUACAGUCUCCGUUUCUCUCCAGGCUACGCAUUUGAGAAACACAGUGGAGGACUUCCUCUCCCUCCAUCCUACGUACCUGUUAUUCUGUCAGAAUUAACUGAUCAAAUGACAUUCAUGGAGAGAGUAAAAAAUAUGCUGUAUGUGCUUUAUUUUGACUUUUGGUUCCAAACAAUAAAUGAGAAGAGUUGGGAUCAGUUUUACAGCGAAGUACUAGGAAGACCCACUACACUAUAUGAGUUAAUGAGGAAAGCUGAUAUAUGGCUCAUUCGAACCUACUGGGAUUUUGAAUAUCCUCACCCACUCUUACCACAUUUUGACUUUGUUGGAGGCCUCCACUGCAAACCCGCCAAAUCCCUGCCUACGGAAAUGGAAGAGUUUGUCCAGAGCUCUGGAGAAAACGGUAUUGUGGUGUUUUCUCUAGGGUCAAUGGUCAAUAACAUGACAGAGGAAAGAGCCAAUGUGAUCGCAUCAGCCCUUGCCCAGAUUCCACAAAAGGUUCUAUGGAGAUUUGAUGGCAAGAAACCAGACACCUUAGGGCCAAAUACUCGGCUGUAUAAAUGGCUUCCCCAGAAUGACCUUCUUGGUCAUCCGAAAACCAAAGCCUUUAUAACCCAUGGUGGAACCAACGGCAUCUAUGAGGCGAUCUACCACGGGAUCCCCAUGGUGGGCAUUCCCUUGUUUGCCGAUCAAGCUGAUAACAUUGUUCACAUGAAAGCUAAGGGAGCAGCUAUCAGACUGGACUUCAGCACAAUGUCUAGUGCAGACUUGCUCAAUGCAUUGAGGAUGGUCAUUAAUGACCCUUCGUACAAAGAGAAUGCUAUGAAGUUAUCAGGAAUUCACCACGAUCAGCCUAUAAAGCCCCUGGACCGGGCAGUCUUCUGGAUCGAGUAUGUCAUGCGCCACCAAGGAGCCAAGCACCUGCGGCCAGCCUCCCAUGACCUCACCUGGUUCCAGUACCACUCCUUGGAUGUGAUUGGGUUUCUGCUGGCCUGUGUGGCAACUGCUAUAUUUGUCACCACACAAUGUUGUCUGUUUUGUUGUCGGAAGGUCGCAAAAACUGGGAAGAAGAUAAAAAAGGAGUAG